CAUAUUGGGUUGUGAAAUGGCAAAUCAAUGGACUUGGAUGCUUUGCAUCUUGCUGACCGGACAACUGCAUCAGCUUCAAGCCAAGGAAAGGGAGGUAAAGCUACACAAGAUCGAAAAGAUUCGAGAGGAUGAGCAUGCCUUUAGAAGCGAAUUGCAUUUAGGUGAACGAGAUGAGGAAGGACAUCUGCUGAUUAAUGGAGAACUGAAACAACAUGAAACCGUAGACAACGACUGGAAACUACACAUUAAAAUUCAUCGUGCUGAAAAUCCCGACGAUGAAUUUGAAGAGUUCCUUAACAUCCCCCAUUUGGCUGUUUGCGAUGUCAUGAAGUCCUAUUACAAGGAAUUCUUCUAUGAAAGCCUCAAAGAAUAUUCAAAUGCGCCCCAUCCGGAUACAUGUCCUUUGCCGCCAGAGCACUAUCAUCUCAGGGACUAUCCACUGGAUGCACGACGUUUGGGACGUUUUCUCAUACCCGGAUAUUAUCGCUUUGUAAGCAAACUUACUAAGGAUGAUGAGAUCAAGAUAGAGUACCUGCUUGAGUUGCAAGUCAAUUAAAAUUUAUUCAUAUGAUAACAUCUGCUUCAAAA